UCAAAGAAAACAGAGAAGCAGAGAGAGGGCACAAUUAGGAUGGAGUCAGGGUUAAGGGCAGAGGUCUGCUAAAGGGAACGGCAGAAAUGAGACACCCCGAAGGACAGAAAAGGGGGUAAACGAAGAGGCGGAAAGCCAGGCACUGAAGGGUGUGCGUGCAAGAUCGGAGCUCCGGCAAGGGGCAGAGCUGGCAGGCAGAAGGGUCUGGAAAAGCAGACAGGGUCUGAAUGGCAAUCGGGAGCAAGCACUGAGAUGGGAAGGAAGCCAGCAAGCACAGAGUAUCUAAAUCCGUGAACGGUUGGAGAAGCCUAGGGGCAUGCCGAGAAGGUGCAGCAGAUUCCGUGCCUCCCUCUUGACCUGCUGGAAUGCACCUACUGCUGCUGAGCUCACUAUUGAAUUAGUGCCUCCCAUGGUGGCUGAAGGUGGAAACUCCGUUCUGUUUGUGCACAAAAUGCCGUUGAACGUCCAGGCAUUUUACUGGUACAAACAGAAAGAUCCGACCAAGAGCUAUGAAGUUGCCCGGUACUUAACACCCGAUAACACAACUUCGAAGAUGCCUCAACACAGCGGCAGGAAAACGGUGUUCUACAGUGGAUCCCUGCUGAUCAGAAACGUCACCCAGGCUGACAGCGGAUUCUACACCUUACUAACAUUUAACACAGAAAUGGAAAGUGAACUAACACACGUGUAUCUGGAAGUCCACAAGCCUGUGGCACAGCCCUCCCUCCAAGCACACAACACCACAGUAACAGAAGACGGUUCUCUGACCCUCACCUGCCUCUCAGAAGACCCUGGACUCUCCAUCCGCUGGCUCUUCAAUCACCAGAGCCUGUAUUUCAAUGGCAGGAUGACUCUGUCCCAGAAAAACAGCCGACUCAGCAUAGAUCCCGUCAGGAGGGAGGAUGCUGGAGAGUACCAGUGUGAGGUCUCCAAUGGGUACAGUUCUAAGAUGAGUCUCCCAAUCCAAAUGUCUGUGACCAGUGAGUGACCUCCCCUCUCUCCAGGCACCACAGUGGGGGGGGGUGGGGGUGGGUUUCUUUGUCGAUGAUAUGGAAAAUGGAGAACCGUUCCUGGGGAAAAUCAUCAGUGAAGACAGCAAGAGAGCCGGCAUGAGAAUGCAGACCUGGAACCCCAGGUUAGACAUGAGUCAGGAGGAAUGUGAGUACAAGGUUAGGUUAACCAGCUAGGGUUACAAAGAGACACCCAAUCUCAAAAUAAAAUAAAAUAAAAUCCAAUGCAAAGGGAUUAAUUAAGGGUUUAGGUUCUGAGUCAAGUAUGGCUAAUCCUCGAAAACCGUGGGGAACUGAUUUCAGGAGCCCCUCAGACUUCUGUUCUGAAUCCCCUGCUAGAAAUGGUGCAGUGCUUACAUAGAAGCAAACCUAUCCUCCCACGAGCUCAAAUCAUUUCCGAUGCCUAACACCAGUGCUGCCGAGACACCGUCACCCGUGUGAAGUGAGGAAGAGCGUCAGGAGCAGGGGUUGCCGUGUUUCACUGAGGACAGCUGGUUCCUGAACACUUUGGGGGUCUCAGUUUGUUCCACCCACAGAUGGAAAACCCAUGGUGUAAAGGCCCAAUUGGACCGUUUCUAUCCUGAGAUUGGCAUUUACAGUGUGACCUUGAACACAAUUUUUAUUUUCUGUUAACAGUA